AUGCAUAUUCCUUAUAUCAUUAAUGUCACUACUUCCAUUCAUGAAUUCAUCCUCUUGGGUUUCCUGUGCAGCCGAGAUACAGAAAUAAUUCUUUUUAUUUUAUUUUCCAUCAUCUACAUAUUGACCCUAUUGGGCAAUGGGGCUAUUAUAUGUGCUGUUUGGUGGGACCAGAAACUCCAAACCCCCAUGUAUAUCUUACUGGCCAAUUUCUCUUUUCUGGAGAUCUGCUACAUCAGUUCUAAUGUGCCCAACAUGCUUUGCAACUUUCUCUCCAAGACCAAGACUAUCUCCUAUAACGGCUGCAUCCUUCAGUUCUAUGUCUUCCUCUCUCUUUGUGCUACAGAGCUGUUCUUCCUGAGCCUCAUGGCCUUUGAUAGGUAUGUUGCCAUCUGCUGUCCACUCCAGUAUCCUGUAAUAAUGACCAGGAGAGUCUAUGGUAGUCUUGUGUCUGCCUGUUGGGUUGGUGGCUUCCUCUGGUUACUGACUCCGGUCACUCUUAUCUCUCAAGUUCCAUUUUGUGGUUCAAAUAUCAUUGAUCACUACCUGUGUGAUCUAGGGGCAUUGCUGGCUAUAUCUUGUGUCCCUGUCCCCAAAACAACUUUGACAUGUAGCACUUUCAGUGCUGUGAUCAUGUUUGUCACUUUGUUCUUCAUUCUUGUGUCCUAUACUCUGGUCCUUCGAGCUGUACUUCAGGUUCCCAAAGGUUCAGGAAGGAAGAAGGCCUUCUCCACAUGUGCUUCCCACCUGGUAGUGGUGUCUUUAUUUUAUGGCUCCAUCAUUGUGAUGUAUGUAACCCCAGGGGCAGCCAACCGGCCUGGAAUGAAGAAGUUUGUAACUAUGUUCUACUCAAUUGUCACUCCACUUUUAAACCCUCUGAUCUACAGCCUCAGAAAUAAAGAAAUGAAAAUUGCACUGAGAAAACUGCUUGGUUUAACCCUU